UUUCGGUCGAUCAACGCACCUCACACACAGGCGCUUAGUGAAAAUAACGAAUCUGCGACCGGCUCUGCAACCGACAAUCAACAUCUGUAAUAAUGUAAACAUAUCGCCAGUUGCCAUGGUCGCCAGUUAAACUGGAACACCUCAAGCUAGCACACAGCCACAGCGCGUCGUGCAGUCAAAUCGGCUAAAAGAUCAAUUUGGCGUCCGGGAAUCGCUGUGAUUAUAUUUGAUAUGUGUGUUUCUUACCUUUAACCGUUUAAGUCUAAAUUCCUAGCUAUCCGCCAUGUUUUAUUUUCGAUGCAGACGCCGCGCUUCUCGCGCUCCCACCCACCUCCACGGAGGGUUCUGGGUUUUGUAUGCGAGAAGCUAGCAUCUACAACACUGCUGCCCCUCGGAGAAACAAGCUAGACGACCAACAGCGGUAUGUUAACUGUGUAAAGGUGUAAAAGGAUGUUUAAAAACGUUAUCACCUGGAAAAUACAGAGAGGACGAAGAAGAAGUUGAAGCGUUACCGUGUUUCGUGCUGCUCCUGACUGACGGUAGCGCUCACUGACUGCAGCCUGCCCCAGUUAGAGGAUGUGUGUGGAACAGGCGCUGUCUGCACUGUGAGCACACUGUGUGCACCAUGCAGGACCGUGACACUCACACUUUAUUUUAGAAAACAAACGAUCAUAUUACGUCAUAUUAUCACAGCCUCCGCAUUCGUUUACCACAAGUUGUUUAGCUGCUUUCAAAAGAUAAAAUAGUAGCGCACAGGGAAUAAAAUAAUAGCUUAAAGUCACAAUUACAACAAUUGGAGAUACAAAAUAGUAUAGAGUUCAUAAUAAUUGAAAAUUAAAAUAUAAAUUGAAUACCGAGUAAAUUCAGAACCUACUUCUCUUAGAAAUAAGAGUAGAAAAUGAUAAAAAGUGAAAAUAAGUUACUUGACUGACUAAUACUUAGCUGAACUGGCAGUCACUUGCUGACUGAAUUGCGUCGGCAGUAGGUAGUAAUGAUUAAAGGAGUAAUAUAUUGUGCCUGGUAAUAAACAUGAUUAAGAAAACUCAGUAAUAUUACUCAUGAAUAGCAGUACUACACAUAAAAAAGCGAGUAAUAGUAGUGUAAUGGUGUAAGAGCAAAAACAUUUAUUUAAUAUAUAAAUGUAAUUGUAUAAGAAUCUGUUUUUUCCCUUAUUCAAAUAAUUAUAUUAGUCUUUGCAAAAAUGUAUUGUGACAUUUCGUCUAUUGCUAUUCAGGGGAAUAUUUAUACAAAGAACAUUGUGUAUUGCUAAUUGUUAGAGAUAGAUAAAUAGAUAGCAGCCAAUAGCAGCCAACGAAACCUCCUCAGUCUGGAAAGGCCUUCGGGUGAUCACCGGCUGCAAAAACAAAUACCCCCAACUCUUUGGAAGACUUGAAGCUUGCAAAUGAACUGAAUGACUUUUACUGUAGAUUAGACAAACAAAUGACCAGGUCUAAUGGCCCCAGACUGCCCCAUCCCUCCUUCACACCUCUCUCAAUUCAGGAGAGAGAUGUCAACAAACUACUGAAGAGACUGAACCCCCACAAGGCAGCUGGACCAGACGCUGUCUGCAACUGCGGCUGCGGCUUUUCACGCAGCUGUGUUGAAGGACUCGUUGUCAUUCAUGCUUCUCAAAUCGUUGCGCUUGUUACAAAGCAAUUCCCCGCCAAAACACUAGGCGGAGUAACGUAUUCUGUCGAAGACGACCUUAGAGAAGACUUUUUUCUUCUUCGUCGACUGUUUAUUUACAUCGACAUGUCUCUGAGCCCCGGACCAUCAGCACUGGAGCCCAACAAGGCUGUGUGCUCUCCCCUCUACUCGUUUCUAGGAUUGAAAGAAAGGGGGGGCUUAGCCCCUAAGGAUGCUGAAUGAUUGCGCGCGCAGCGCGCACGCAAACAUUCAGAGGCUCAUUUGGGGCUGCGGAUAUCCAUGUUUCAUAUAGUUCAUAGAUUGGCUCAAUCAGAAAGAGUGUGAUUUUUCUCUGUAUCUUUGCUUGCAUUCAUUCAGUAUAAGAUAACAGAAAAGACAGAAUUUCAGGGUCAUUGUGAAAUUUGACAACACAAAUAUGAACUGAUAAUAAACAACAACAUUCUAUAGGCACUGAUAUUAUUGUUUUAAAAUACUAGAGCUAGAUAUUAAUGCAAAGAAUAGAGAGCUGUCGAUAGUUAUUUCUUACAUUUCAAAUUUGCUCGUUCACACUCUUGCUCACUGGAGACGUUUUCUAACAAAAUAGCUAGCUAGCUAGCUUAGUGUUAACAUAGCUCAUUACAAUAUUCCCUUUCAUUUUCCUCAAGUAAACCUAAAUUGAAGCAGGUAACAAUCGUUAACAACUACAGAUAGCCACAUUCUGUAACUACCUGUAGUUACAAUUUCACUCCGUGCAUCAUUUAUCUCUUGAUGAGAGACGUUACUUGGCAGAGUGAGAAAGCCAGCGCAGCAGCGAUGCAGACUCCCCAAGGUCCUAGUGCCUGGUCUUUUAUAUUGUUAAGUAUGAUGAGAGGCUAUUGGAUUGUAAUUUGAAGUGGGAGAAAACAUACAAACCAGAAACGCACUUAUAUAUGUAGCAUGUUAGAGUUAUAAAUAAUUUGUCCAUGUGUAAAACAAUAGUUUAAUUAACUAUUCACCCCCCUAAAAACAGGCCUAACGACGCCCCUGCUAUCUAUUAUAGUAUAUUAUAUUCUAUUUGUAUUUUUUAAUUGUUUUUAUAUUUCAUUGCAUUAAUAGAAAGUAUCACAUGUUCACUUAUUAUUACUUUUCUAGUGUCUAUUUCUGACUGUCCCCUUUGCUGCUUUAUCAAGGCAGAGGAUGUCGCUCCUUGUACAGGUUGUUGAGCCCUAUGAGGAAAAAAUGUGAUUUGUGAAUACUGACUAUGCAAAUAAAAGAAAGUAUUGAUUUGAUUCUGGGUCUCCAUCAACUAAGAUGCUAAAUGGGAAAGACAGUUUAGAAAAUUAAUGGAAUUAUUACUCUGAUUCAUCACUCGCACGUAUAUACAACAAGAAACAGUACAAAUUAUUCUCAAAAUGUUUAUUUACAAUUGGGACUCAGUAGUAGGAGAUUUCUCUAUGAACAAAACUCUCCACAGCUCACAAACCCCUAUCGUGCACAAAUGAACAGAUAAUUUAUAAAGUGGAUAGAAGUUUUAUAUAAAGAGUUAAAGCCUGAAAGUGAAAAUAACUUUAUUAUCUGGAUUUCAACUUGAGAAAUUUGUAAAGUUAGAGUUUAAAUGUGUAAUAUCAUCUUAAAUAAAUAAAUUUAGUUCUCAAGUAAACAAAUGAAGAGGACAACAUGAUCAGAUUAACUCAACUUGGAGCUGCACUAUCAGAAAAUGUAUGAAUAUCAGUCUGUUAUCAGGAUUUGUUAUGUUUCCUUCUCUUCCUUCAUAAUUACUGGAUGCAGCAAUUUAUCAGAAGCACAUAUUACGGCAAUAAGACAUCAUGAACCAAAAUCACACUUUGGUUAAUAUCAGAUCAUAUCCUUUAUUUAGAAUAGAAAAAAGCACAAGUGUAUUUACAUUCACAUGUACUGUGGUAUACAAUACAAUACAACUUUACAAUAACGGCGUUCUCCAAAGUCUGUACAGGGUUAAAGUGACAAAUGUUGAGUUUACAGUGUGGAUCGAUGAAGACGAGGUGGAAACUUUACAAACCGCUGACUGAAGGAACUGUUCACCUGAGCCGCACUGCGUAAAGUAGCCAGGUGGAUAGCAUCAUGUUGUGGCUCCUCAAACAUGAGCAGCCCAGCAGCUGGGUUUGUCUGUCACAGUGUAAAGGGCAGAAGGUCUGGACAGUUUCCAGUGAUGAGAAACCACCACCAGUUUAAAGUCGCCGAGUCCUCCCAGCAGCGUGGAUUGAGGAGAUGCCCUCGGUCAUCCAUCAGUGAGGUGGGAUAACCCCAACCCUUCCUGGGGUCAAACGAGCACCGGGACGUUUUCAGGAAGCAGCAGGAAGGGGCCGAUCGAGCGACAUCUGUUGUUGUUGUCACCUGCACGUCUGACAGUCAGGUCCGUGGACUAGCUCUGUGUUUUCUCGGUGAGGGUUGAGGUCUCUUCGCCGGCGCGUGAAUGGCGAUGGCUGCGGUGAGAGCGGCCGCAGCAGCGGGGGGCCCUGCGUCUUUGUCCCGGUUCAGAGGUGCGCUGGUCGCGGCUGUGCUCGGUGACUGUGUCGGCGGUGAGUUUGAAGGAGCGGAGGAGGUGCCCAUGGAGAGCGUGCUGCAGCACCUGAACGGCCUGGACGACGAGACGAAAGGGGAAGGUAUUCUUGAGUAUAGUGAUGACACGGCAAUGGCACGUUGUGUGGUCCAGUCUCUACUCACCCGAACAGGCUUCGAUGAGCAGGACAUGGCUCGCAGGUUUGCGAAGGAGUACAGUGCAUCCCCUGGCCGCGGAUAUGGUUCCGGAGUGAUCCAGGUGCUGAAGAAGCUGUCCUCUCCACAACUCAGUGACGUGUAUCAGCCAGCCAGGGACCAAUUUAAUGGUCGGGGCUCCUUUGGGAAUGGAGGGGCCAUGAGGGCGGCUCCCUUCGCUCUGGCCUUUCCUGACCUGGCUGACGUUAAAAGGUUUGCCCGUCGCGGCGCCAUGCUAACCCACUCCUGCUCUCUGGGUUAUAAUGGAGCAGUGCUGCAGGCGUUGGCUGUGCACCUCUCCCUGCAGGGGGCGCUAGACUUACCUCAGCAGUUCAUCAGCAGACUAAUCACAGAGAUGGAGGAAGUUGAGGAAGAUGAGGCAGCACGCAAUGAUGCCAGAAUCCUAAAGGAAGCAGAGAUGCCGUUCAGUGACCGCCUCCACAGAGUCCGAGACCUGAUGGACAGGAGCAAGGUCAGCAUAGAGGAGGUCAUCUCUGAACUCGGUAAUGGAAUUGCGGCGCUCCACUCAGUCCCUACCGCCAUCUUCUGUGUCCUCCACUGCCUCCAGCCCCGCAAAUGCCUCCCAGAGAACUACAGCGGCCUUGAGAGGACAAUAGCAUAUAGCCUGGCCCUGGGAGGGGACACAGACACCAUAGCCUGCAUGGCAGGGGCCAUUGCCGGGGCCCACUACGGCAUUGAGGCUGUUCCACAGUCCUGGAUGAGGUGCUGUGAGGGAGCCCAGGAUGCAGACAUUAACGCAGAGCGGCUUCACAUGCUAUACCACCAGUCGUCACAGGGCGGCGCGAGUGGGACAGGGGGCCAGAGCCAUGAAUUCCGAAGUGAAAACAGGUCAAACUCUUCUAACGGUACAGAGAAGAACAGUGAAGCAGUGUAAUGCCUCAAUUUUUUUUUUUUUAACAAAAGGACUCUCACGCACAGACACAUAUUAAAAUAUACACAAGAGACACAAACAUUUUUCAGUGUAAGACUUUUUUGGUGUGCAUAUGCAUACACAAUACAUUCUACACAGUCGUACCAGCUCCUUCUUGUAUUGUGAUGAACAAUCUUUUGUUAUGUGAAAGUUGCACUAUGAAUUGGCCAUGUCUUGUUUUAUCCUUAUGUUGGAUAACAACUAUUUAAUAAACUUUUUUUUUUAAUUCA